AUGAAUGACGAAAUUUCUUCUAGAUUUUUUAAUGGUUUUGCGAAUGUGCAGCAAUAUGUUGAUAAUAACCAUUACAAUAACUGCAAUGAAACCUACCCGAAUAUUCAGAAUUACGCGGCGCAAAAUGAAACGCUAGAACCAAUCAUGGACAACGGGAUGACGGACGAAAUGGCUUGGAAUCAAUAUGCUGUGAUCAUUACUUAUCUGGUGUACUUCUCUGUCGGCUUAAUCGCCAACUUGGCAAUUAUUCUCGUGCUGAUGGUGUCGCCGGUCAAGACCGCUUCGUUUGGGAUGAUCUGA